AUGGUUUAUCUCAAGAGCGCAAUCGUGCAGAGGCAGGAUGCAAGAAGUUCAGCAGCGCCGUCCAUUUCAGUGUCGAGCGCAACACCUUCACCGGGCCAAGCUGAAGGAACAACACCCUCGGCAACGCCAUCAUCAACACCGUCAUCGACAUCACUGCCAUCAACAACACCCCCCUCUGCAUCUGUAGCUUCUAUAGCCUCGCAAACCCCCAAGCCAGGUGAUGUCACGUCCAGCUGUUCCCCGUAUUGGACAAACGCAACGCUGGUGCCGUGUCCUACGGCUACGGCCCCCGCUGUACCCACAAACAAUGCUGCCUCCACGCCCACAUCCGUGGCUAGUAAACCUGCCGCGAUUGACAGCACGGCAAGUGGAGGUCCUAAAGUCUCGGAUGGCCCAUCGUCGGUUCAAAAAGGGCUUUCUGGAGGUGCGGUUGCCGGAGUGGCUAUCGCAAUGUUACUCGUCGGAUUACUGAUCGCUGGAGCUGUGUUCUUCUUCUUACUACGCCGUCAAAAGAAGAAGCGGUACAACUUAGUCCAGACUCAACCAGCACCCCAUGCGCCCAUCAAUGAUGCUACUAGAACGUUGGAGAAAGGACCAACAGCCGUAACCAGCGCGUAUGCAAUGAACAUCGACGAUAUGCUACCCCAGCCCGUGGCAGACGACACUAUCACAGACGCAGUCUUGAAGCUACGGGACAACAUCAAGAACCACGUUCGCACCUAUUAUCAUCUCUCUCCCAUCCCGGCAGCCAGUGUCAGUCAGGCACAUAUGGGCCAACUAGCAACCGCAACCGGUACAAGCUCUGCUAGACUUGCAAGCAUGCUUUCGAACACCUCAACCAGAGCCGAGACACUUCGCCUCAUUCUUGCCUGGAUUGUGCUAUCGAGAUGUACAGGAGGACGCGAUGAGAGCCUGCUGCCCCGAGAACUUGCGGCAAUCGACAUGGUCAUACCAGGAAAGGAUGGCAGCAAUACUGCCCAAUCAGCCAUGUACAGCAAAUGGAAAACCGUAACUGGAACUCUGCUGCAUGAGCGAAUUAGCCAGAACAAACAAGACUCGGAUCGUAAGCAAAAAUUUGCCAUCGCGGUUGCAGAUCUGGACUCUAUUGUGGCGCCCUUUGUGCAGAGUGGCUUGGAAGCUCAACGCAGCAAGAACCUGGACAUGAUUCUGACGCGAUCUGCAAACUUCGCGUUCCUACUCUUUUCACAGCCUGGUUCAUUCAAAUUUGAGUUCUUGAGCGAACAUGGAGGUUUGGUAGUAUUUCCAGGCCUGGUACAAACGAUUGGAGACCAGGGGCAGGUGCUGGGGCCCCCGCGCGUGCUGCUGGAAAAGGAGAUUGCGACAUGA